CGACAGCAACCAAAAUAAACAGCUCUUUGCUUUUAACAAUGGUACACGAAGAAGGCGGAACCCGCGCACCACGGCCUCCCUCAUCGGCGGUUGCUCCUCCAUCAACGAAGCGUUACCGCGAGGAGGAGUUUGAGGGAUCGUUAACUUGCGCGGAAUUGCAGCCAAUAAAGCGUCGGGCAGUGUUAGGGCAGGAUAUUUUGUUCAGGAUAUUGUUGCCAUCGAAACAGAUUGGGAAGGUAAUUGGUAGAGGAGGACACCGUAUUCAGAAAAUCCGAGAGGAAACUAAGGCCACUAUCAAGAUCGCAGACGCCAUCGCGAGACACGAGGAGCGUGUUAUCAUCAUAAGCUCUAAAGACAAUGAAGACGCUUUUACUGAUGCAGAAAAUGCUCUCCACAAAAUUGGCAGUUUGGUUCUCAUGGAUGAUCAAAAUGUUGAAGGAUUGAAAAUUGCAACAGGACACGUGGCAGCAAAUACUAUAAGACUGUUAAUUUCUGGGUGCCAAGCUGGCGGGUUGAUUGGGGUAUCUGGUCAAAACAUUGGUCAACUAAGAAACUCCUCUGGUGCAACAGUUACUGUACUUGCUCAAAAUCAGUUGCCAUUAUGUGCAUCUGCUCAUGAAUCUGAUCGAGUAGUUCAGAUAUCUGGAGAUGUUCCUGCAGUGUUGAGGGCUUUGGUGGAGAUCGGAUGCCAGUUGAGGGAUAAUCCACCUAAGCAAAUAAUCUCCAUCAGUCCAACUUAUAAUCUUGGCUUCACUCAUCGUCCAACUCAACAAUAUGUGGACCCGUCUUCAGCUGAAUAUGUAACUCUGGAGAUGAUGAUUUCUGAGACAUUCAUUGGUGGAUUAAUUGGGAGAUGUGGUUCAAACAUAUCUCGGAUCAGAACAGAGUCAGGAGCAACUAUUAAGGUUCAUGGUGGGAAAGGUGAAAACAAACAUAGACAAAUUCACUUGGGUGGUAGUGCUCAGCAGGUUGCUUUGGCAAAGCAGAGAGUUGAUGAGUACAUAUACACUCAGAUGAUGCAGGAAACUGGUGGUCAGCAGUCUAUGGUUGAUGAAACGGCAGCAUUGAUGGCAGGUCCUAUGUACUACCCACCAGUUGCAGCUCAAGGUUUUGAAAAAACUCUGAUUAGAAAGGCUCUAAAUCAUGGGGCAUUUGGUUCGAUGAUUACAGGAGAUUUCUUGGAAUCUGAAUUCAAUUCCGAUGGAUGA